AGGAUGGCCGUACUCUUUCCGAUUAUAAUAUUCAAAAAGAAUCAACACUUCAUCUUGUGCUCCGUCUCCGUGGUGGUAUGCAAAUUUUUGUAAAGACUCUUACGGGAAAAACGAUAACACUCGAGGUAGAAUCGUCCGACACUAUUGAUCAAGUAAAGCAAAAAAUCCAAGAUAAGGAAGGUAUUCCUCCGGAUCAGCAACGUCUAAUUUUCGCUGGUAAACAAUUGGAGGACGGUCGUACCCUUUCGGACUAUAACAUCCAAAAAGAAUCCACUCUUCACCUCGUACUUCGUCUCCGUGGUGGUAUGCAGAUUUUUGUAAAAACACUUACUGGUAAAACAAUUACCCUCGAAGUCGAAUCCUCCGACACCAUCGAUCAAGUAAAACAAAAGAUUCAGGACAAAGAAGGAAUCCCCCCAGAUCAGCAGCGUCUCAUUUUCGCCGGCAAACAACUCGAGGAUGGCCGCACUCUAUCAGACUACAACAUUCAAAAGGAGUCCACUCUUCAUCUUGUGCUCCGUCUCCGCGGUGGUAUGCAGAUCUUCGUGAAAACUUUGACCGGAAAAACCAUUACCCUCGAGGUCGAAUCAUCAGAUACCAUCGACCAAGUAAAACAAAAGAUUCAAGACAAGGAAGGAAUUCCCCCAGAUCAGCAACGUCUUAUCUUCGCCGGUAAACAACUUGAGGAUGGUCGUACUCUCUCCGACUAUAAUAUUCAAAAGGAGUCAACACUUCACCUUGUUCUCCGUCUCCGCGGUGGUAUGCAAAUAUUUGUAAAAACCCUCACCGGUAAGACAAUUACCCUUGAAGUCGAAUCCUCCGACACUAUUGACCAAGUAAAACAGAAGAUUCAGGAUAAGGAAGGAAUUCCUCCAGAUCAGCAACGUCUUAUCUUCGCCGGUAAACAAUUAGAAGAUGGUCGUACUCUUUCUGAUUACAACAUUCAGAAGGAAUCUACUCUUCACCUUGUACUUCGUCUUAGAGGCGGUCAAUAA